AUGUGGGCCAAGUAUCGCGGCGGCGUCAUGAUGCAGCUCGACCCCUCAGGCAAAAUUCUUCGCCAGUAUUCUGAUCCAUACGCCCACCAUGACCAGAAUCACCUCGACGACGGAACCCUUUUGUACACCACCCUCGAACCUCUCACAGCGGACGAAGCAGCUCGCGUGCGCGGCGGUAUACCCGGUAGCGAAGCACCAGGCGGGAUCAUCUACGGCGACUGCAUCAAGCUAGUAGAUCCCUGGUCUGUCUCAAACAACUCCUCCUCGGCCGACUUUGACGGCAGCAACGGCAAGGGUGGUGCGAAGCUGCUCUGUGUCAGCUUUGAUUCAGAGGGAAAUAUCAUCGCCUCGACGCGUAAUGCUUCCGGUGUUUUCAUCAUUAGUCGACAGACCGGUGAAGUCCUUUGGCAUUUGACUGCGCCGGUAGUGUGCCAACAGCACUGUGCGCACCAAAUCAAUUCUGCAGGUGACAUCCUCAUCCUCGACAAUGGCGUCUUCAGACCCGAGAUUUCUGUGCCAUUCUCACGGGCUAUCAUUGUCUCUCGUGAUAAGCAGAUCAAGUGGGAAUACAAGGAUACAACGACCGGUGGCCUAGGCUUCUUUACUCCUUUCAUGGGGUCCGCGCAGAAACUGGAGAAUGGGAACGUAUUGAUAUGCGAAGCGGCUACUGGUCGGAUCAUGGAAGUUACUGAGGAUGGUAAGGUGGUGUGGGAAUUUAUUGUUCCACAGCUGCAGGAUUACAAGGCCGUCAUGAGCAAGGAUGAGCUGGCUGAAAUGGAGAGAAUUGGGUUCUCAAAUCAGAGCAAUGCUAUCUUCAGGGCAUACAAGUAUCGCCCCGAGGAGGUGCCCUGGGUGAAGGAAGAUUGA